AUGUCGAUCACCGAUGCUCGCGAUGGUACCGCCGCGGCUGAACUAACGGCGGCGAUAGCAACGGCAACAAACAAGAGCGGCAGUGGCUACUGCGCGUUUUGCAUGCUUGCUGAGUUCGAUAUCGAUCGCGGAUCUACUCUAUCGCACCAGUACCCUGCCCCGACCGGCUAUGACGAGCACAUGCUGGCGGAGCUCAUGCUCCCAGAUGGUGUCCAUGCAAGAACCGAAGAUUGGACCUUCUUCUUCCUUAAGCCGCCAGGUACACAGCGCCCAGCACUUCGAGAUGCUGCCGAAGACGACGCAACCUCGCAAUCACACGCUUCCACCGUUCCUUCUUCAUGGCUGUCCCACGAUCUGACGUACGUCAUCAAUCUUGUACGCACCAAGCACGACAACUCGGUCCGUCGUGGAGCCAUGGUCAAAGCCAUGGCUAUCGGUACUCGGCAUCCUUUCAUCGAGAUUUUUAAGCCCGCCCUUUUGCUCGCCCUUGACGACUACUUCAAGGAGCCCGGACUAGACUGUCUUGCCCGGCUGUACGAAUCGAUUAAUCGUUUGGAUUUGUCCGCGGCACCAUCAUUCAGUCGCGCCGAGAAGCUUGUUCUUCGUGGCUCGGAUCGACGCGAUCUGUUCGAAGAGCGCUUUGUGGCUGCGUCUCGCAACGAGCUCGAAGCUAACGCAGCAGCAACAACUGGCACAGCAGCAACGUCAACAGCAUCGACGGCCGCACCAACGACACCAAGCGAGGAGAUCGAGACAGCGCACUCAUCACCAAGCAGCGUUGGCGGAGUCGAGAUGAUACGGCGCCGUACAGACAGCACAUCGACUUUCUCAUCCGAGACCAAGUCGCUCAAGAAGAAGCUUAGCGCAGCAUCGCUUCGGCCCGCACUAGGUGCACGCAGGGCAUCCACAGCUAACUCCGUUGCUGGCAUGGCCGGCUCACAAGGCAGGAGGUCUAUAUCGACUUCAACAAGUCCGCUCCCCGGCGCGAAACCUCGUGAUACUCACUUCUUCGAUUCCGUUCUGACGUAUCGCUCAGUACCAUUGCCUAUUCGUGUCCCGCUGACAACGUUCCCCGAGGAAGUAGGCGAGUACUCGUUGAUCAAGCUCAUUCAGACCUUCUCGGGCCCUCAAUCAACCCCCACGGGUCCGAUCCAUCCUCACUUGCACACUAACGGUCCAUUGACACAUCCGAUCAUCGUUCUAUUCAACGCCCUCGUCACGCAAAAGCGCGUUAUCUUUCUGGGAUAUGGUCAGCCGGCGAACCUAGUUUCCAGCUACGUGCUUGGCGCUUGCGCACUCGGCUCGGGAUGUGGUGUUGUGCUGCAAGGCUUCGCAGCAAGAGCGUUCCCGUACACCAACCUGCUCAAUCUAGACGACCUUGAAAAGGUGCCAGGCUACAUUGCUGGUGUCACCAACCCACGGUUUGAGGACCUGCAUGCAUGGGAUCUCUUGCUCAACGUCGAGACUGGUCGUAUACAGGUGGCUAAGGAUAUUGCUCCUGCUGCAUCGCCCGCGAGUGGACCUUCACAGUCGCUGCUGCGGUCCGCGACUAUGCCGCGUGAAGGCGUGGGCGCUGUCUCUGCAUCAACUACAUUUGGGAGCGUCUCUUCUGCCACGAGUCAUGAUCUGAAAGCAGCUGCUGAUGCCGAGCUUGCGCAGUUUGGUGCUUUGCCGACAAAUGCUUCUGGAACCGUCAGCAGCUCAUCUAUGCCGAGCAAAGGCUCUAGUCUGGGCGGCGCAUCAGCCCGCGACCGCUCCAACACUGCUCAACAAGAUGCUCGCGGCGACCCAAGCAACACCUUGUUUAUGGAGGAAUUGCAGAAUGCUAUUGCUGCGCACUUUGGCGAGCGUUUCAUCCGAUCGCGCGUCCAAGAAUACGUCUCCCUUUUUGUUCAGCGUGUUGCUCGGCACGAAGAGCAUUUCUAUGGCCGCACAUCGCUUGCGCCGACAUGUCAGCCUUUCUUGAACGGCCAGCUUGGGUCAGGGCCGGUCUACGUGGAUCGUGAUGCGGAGAUGCGCGAGAUUAUCUCGAAUCAGAUGCGGAUCGAGGGUUUUCGUUCGACCAUCGCGUACCAUUUGCUAGCGGAAGAGCUGCAAAAGUACGGAGGCUAUACACAGGCGAUCCGAAACUUUGAUGUUGCGCAUCAAAUUGGUCGCUUGAGGAGGGCAAGGAAGCUGUUACCGAGAGAGUCGGAUUUGAUCUUUGAGAUGAUUGCAAAAAGUGUGGUGACGCACGAUCAGAUCAUGGAGGUGUUGGCGCUGCUACCACCACAUACUGGCGGGUUGUUGCCGUUGGCGCUGGGGCUGUUCCAUCCGUCGCAGGCGGCGAGGGAUUCGGUGGUGGACUUCUUCCUGAGGCUCUGUAGGGACUCGGUCGGACGGAAGUUCGUGCAGAGUAUGCAUACUUUCCAGCGUCUGGCGUUUGCAAGGCUUGCGCAGGAAAGGGCUCAGCUCGAGAUGAAGACUGCGCAAGAAGGAGAUGCAGAGGUGCAAGAGAUCAGCUUGAGGGGCUCGACUCAGGCGCCUGCGUCAGGGUCGCUACCUUCGAGUCAGGCCGUCGAUACAGAUGGCUACGGAGAGAUGCGCUCGCCGACGGAUCGUACUUCUUACUCAACGCCGGCUGCGCCGGAAAGAGAGCAUGCUGGAGACGCGUCAAAAGCGUCGGCUGAUGAGCUAUCGUAUAUGUCAAGUCUUCGCAACAUGAGCCAUCCCUUCAAGUCGUUCGGUCCUGCAAAGGAGACCGCUUGGACCUCGUCCAAGAAGACGGCCGAGGCUGAGACAGUGGCGCAGAGCCACGCUGGAGCCUGA